AUGGCGGCCAGCCCGGCCUACGGGGAGGAGAAGGGGGGCUCCUCCAGCCUGGGGGAGCCCGAGUACGGCCACGACCCCGCCAGCGGCGGCAUCUUCUCCUCCGACUACAAGAGGCACGAUGACCUUAAGGAGAUGCUUGAUAGCAACAAGGAUUCGCUCAAGCUGGAGGCCAUGAAGAGGAUCGUGGCGAUGAUUGCCCGGGGCAAAAAUGCCUCUGACCUCUUCCCAGCCGUUGUGAAAAAUGUCGCCUGCAAGAAUAUUGAGGUGAAGAAGCUGGUGUACGUCUACUUGGUGCGCUACGCAGAGGAGCAGCAGGAUCUGGCCCUGCUCUCCAUCUCCACCUUCCAGCGAGGACUCAAGGACCCCAACCAGCUGAUCCGCGCCAGUGCCCUGCGGGUCCUCUCCAGCAUCCGUGUGCCCAUCAUCGUGCCCAUCAUGAUGUUGGCCAUCAAGGAGGCCGCCUCGGACAUGUCCCCAUACGUACGCAAGACAGCCGCCCACGCCAUCCCCAAGCUGUACAGCCUUGACUCAGACCAGAAGGACCAGCUCAUCGAAGUGAUAGAGAAGCUGCUAGCGGACAAGACCACGCUGGUGGCCGGCAGCGUGGUGAUGGCAUUCGAGGAGGUCUGCCCGGAGCGCAUCGACCUCAUUCACAAGAACUACCGCAAGCUCUGCAACCUGCUCAUCGAUGUGGAGGAGUGGGGCCAGGUGGUCAUCAUCAACAUGUUGACCCGUUACGCACGCACCCAGUUCCUCAGCCCCAACCAGAACGAGUCCCUGCUGGAGGAGAGCGCCGAGAAGGCUUUCUAUGGCUCCGAGGAGGAGGACGCCAAGGACGCCAAGGCGGAGGCGGCCUCGCUGACCAAGCGCAAGCCCUACGUCAUGGACCCCGACCACCGCCUGCUCCUGCGCAACACCAAGCCCCUGCUGCAGAGCCGUAAUGCCGCGGUGGUGAUGGCUGUGGCGCAGCUCUACUUCCACCUGGCACCCAAGGCAGAGGUUGGUGUCAUCGCCAAGGCGCUGGUGCGGCUCCUGCGGAGUCACAGCGAGGUGCAGUACGUCGUGCUGCAGAAUGUUGCCACCAUGUCCAUCAAACGGCGGGGGAUGUUUGAGCCCUACUUGAAGAGCUUCUACAUCCGCUCCACGGACCCCACGCAGAUCAAGAUCCUCAAGCUGGAGGUCCUCACUAACCUGGCCAAUGAGACCAACAUCUCCACCAUCCUGCGGGAAUUCCAGACCUACAUCCGCAGCAUGGACAAGGACUUUGUGGCGGCCACCAUCCAAGCCAUCGGGCGCUGUGCCACCAACAUUGGGAAGGUGCGGGACACCUGCCUCAAUGGCCUGGUCCAGCUCCUCUCCAACCGGGAUGAGUUGGUGGUGGCCGAAUCCGUGGUGGUCAUUAAAAAGCUGCUGCAGAUGCAGCCAGCCCAGCACAGCGAGAUCAUCAAGCACAUGGCCAAGCUCACCGACAACAUCCAGGUGCCAAUGGCACGGGCCAGCAUCUUGUGGCUCAUCGGCGAGUACUGCGAGCACGUGCCGAAGAUAGCGCCCGACGUGCUGCGCAAGAUGGCCAAGUCCUUCACCAAUGAGGAGGACAUCGUCAAGUUGCAGGUCAUCAACCUGGCGGCUAAGCUGUAUCUGACCAAUUCCAAGCAGAGCAAGCUGCUGACCCAGUACGUCCUCAACUUGGCCAAGUACGACCAGAAUUACGACAUCCGCGACCGAGCUCGCUUCAUCCGCCAGCUCAUCGUGCCCACCGAGAAGAGCGGGGCCCUCAACAAGUAUGCCAAGAAGCUCUUCCUGGCCCAAAAACCCGCUCCCAUCUUGGAGUCCUCCUUCAAAGAUCGGGACCAUUUCCAGCUGGGCUCCCUGUCCCACCUGCUCAACGCCAAGGCUGUGGGCUACCAGGAGCUGCCCGACUGGCCAGAUGAGGCCCCCGACCCCUCUGUGAGGAACGUGGAGGUUCCUGAGUGGACCAAAUGCACCAGCCGGGAGAAGAGGAAGGAGAAGGUGGAGAAACCUUUCUACUCCGACUCGGAGGGCGAGUCAGGGCCCACGGAGUCGGCGGACAGCGAGCCUGAGUCCGUCAGUGAGGAGAGCGGCAGCAGCAGCAGCUCCGGCAGCUCCAGCUCCAGCAGCGAGGAGGAGGAGGAGGAAGAGGAGGAGGAAGGCAGUGGGGAGCAGUCGGAGGACAAGGAGGAGGAGGAGAAGAGGACAAAGAGAAAGGAGAAGGAAGGCUCCCAGAAGGCAGCCCCGGGGAGGGCGGGCAGCCCCAGUGAGGAAGAGGAGGAAGAGGAGGAGGAGGGGACGAAGAAGGCCAAGAAGAAGAAGCCAUCGCAGGGGAGGAAGAGCCGUGCCGAGACCUCAUCAGAGGAGGCCAGUGCCUCCGAGAGCAGCUCCUCGGGCUCUGACUCAGGUUCCGAGGCGGAGGCCAAACGGAGGAAGACGCCCCCCAGCAGCAGGGCCGGCGCCAAAGAGAUCUCCCUGCUCGACCUGGAUGACUUCACCCCCCCUCCUCCCCAGCCUGUCCCCUCCAGCAGCAUCGUCUCCACCAGCCUGGUGACCGACCUGGAGGGCCUCACCCUCACCGACACCUCCCUGGCACCUGCUCUGCUGAGCCCGCCGUUUGGCGCAGUGAGGACCUACGAGCUGCUGCACCGCAUGGCGGGCGAGGGGCUCUCGGUCGAGUACUGCUUCAGCCGUCAGCCCUUCCCGGGGGACCCCCACAUGGUGGCCGUCCAGAUCCAGAUCUCCAACAACACUGAUGCCGAGGUGAAGAACCUGCGGGUCAGUGAGCCCAAGCCGCUCUCCGGCAUGCGGAUCCAGGAGUUCCCUGAGAUCGAACGCCUGGCACCUGGGGACACGGCCAGCGUGGUGAUGGGCAUCGACUUCUGCGACUCCACCCAGGCAGCCAACUUCCAGCUGUGCACCCAUACGCGUCACUUCUACGUCUCCAUCCAGCCGCCCGUGGGGGAGCUCAUGGCCCCCGUCUUCAUGAGCGAGAACGAGUUCAAGAAGGAGCAGGAGCACCUCGCACGGCCGGGCGAGGGGAAGCUGACGGGCAUGAGCGAGAUCACAGAGAAGCUGACGCUGCCCGAGAAGUGCCGGAGCGACCACACCAUAGUCCAGCAAGUGACCUCAGCCGCCAACGUGGGCCGUGUGCCCUGCGGUGCUGACAACGAGUACAGGUUCGCGGCCAAGACGGUGACCAGCGGGAGCCUGGUGCUCAUCACCCUGGAGCGACGGGAAGGUGCCGCUGCCCAGCUGACCGUCAACAGCGAGAAGAUGGUUAUUGGCACCAUGCUAGUGAAGGACAUCGUCCAGGCCCUGGCACAGUGA